UCCAGGAACGAGGAAGGGAAAGCGUGGAAGUUCCGUCUUGUGUUUCAGUCAGUUUGCGGUCUAACUGCCCCGUGUUGGUGCUGGAUGUGAAAAAUGAGCUCGUCUCGGACCGCCAGUCCGUUGAUCGUCACUCAGAAACCUCCCAGAGCCUCGCUGACGCAUCAGGACUCUGUUAGUUCAUCAGAAGAGGACUGGGAAGACACUUCUCCUCUCCCUCCUCCCUCUCCCUCUGCCUCUGCCUCUUACCCUCCCCACCACUGUCUUCACCCUCACUCCCCAACACCCUCCUCCCUCUCCGGCACCAGUCAAGAAGAAGAAGAAAAAGAGGAAAGGUUCGUUUCUCUUCAGACGUAAGAAGAAACGGGGGAGUCAGGAACCAGAAGAGGCCCAGGGAGUGGUGAAUUCCGACGGAGGGGAGGAUCUCGUUGAUUUCGCCGAUGUUUUGGAGCACCCGAGUCUUGUUCAUUUGAAACCUGCCUACUCAGCGGAUCGACAUCUCUCUCUUCCAGCCCCUGUAAUCUCACGCUCGUUAAGCGAUUCUCAGGUGCACAAGGCAGGUUUGGAGUCUGACGGACUAGGAGAAAGAGGAGGAGAGGCGGAGAAAGACUACCUGGUACAGGUGACUCUGGUGUCGGGGCACGGACUAGCAGUCAGAGAUAGGACAGGGACUAGCGAUCCGUAUGUAAAGUUCAAAUGUGGGCAGUUCAAGUACCGUUCCAUGGUUGUGAACCGCAAUCUGAACCCGGAAUGGAACGAGGCAUUUUCCUUCAUCACGAGCCAGCUGAGUGCCCCGCUGGAGGUCAAGGUCUACGACCAUGACUUUGGCUCCAUUGACGACUACAUGGGCGGAGCCAUUGUCUCGCUGGACUACCACGCCCACGGAGAACUCAGGAUUGUAAAUGUUGGUCUGGCAGACCCCAGUGCUAGGGAGACGUCGCUGGGCUACAUUAGAUUAUUCCUACUCAUUUCUGAAUACACCGAAGAGCAUGGUGAGCUGGAUAGUACAGUACCUCAUUCCAUUCACGAGUGGAACAGCAUUCUGACCAUCCACCUCCUGAAGGGGAACAAACUCCCAAGUAUGGACACCAAUGGAUUCAGUGAUCCUUACUGCAAAUUCAAACUGGGUCGGCAGAAGAGGAGGAGCAAGGUGGUGAGUCGGUGUCUGAACCCAGACUGGAAGGAGCAGUUUGACAUGAGGAUGUACAGGGGAGAGCCGACCACUCUCCACAUUGAGGUCUGGGACUGGAACCUCAUGCAGCCUGACGAUUUCAUCGGCGAGACCUGUGUGGAGUUGGAUACUCUGAGUAAAGAGCAGACACAUGAUCUGACACUUCCUCUCUCUGGAGAUCUUCCUGACUAUGACAAUGGUACAGUCCAUCUCUUGCUGACAAUCACUGGCACCACUGCCCAAGAGGUGGUGGACGGAGGAACAAGUCUGUGUCCUUACCCCCGGAGAGCCGUGGAGGUCGUCGAAAAGGAAAUGAGAGAUCUGAUGAAUAAAUACGUGCUUUCUCGUUCCUUGAACUUUCACCAGUUGGGUGACGUUGGACACGUGACUGUUGUCAUUGAACGUGUGGAUGGACUGACAAAGACGGCUGAUGUGUUUGCCAUUGCGGAAGUUGGGAACUCCCAGGCCCGGACUCACACCAUCUACAAGACAACCAGCCCUCAAUGGAACAAAGCCUUCCACUUUGAUGUGAAGGACAUACACUCAGCACUGGAGAUAGCAGUCUACUCAGACAAGAGCAAACCUGAGCUGAUCGGAAAAAUCAAGAUUCCAUUACUGAGGUUAGAAAACAGGCUCAACAGGGGAUACGUUCUGAAGAGCAAGCGCUGCGUCGAGGCCUCGCAGGGUGUGCUCUAUUUGAAGUGCGAGUUGGCCUACCAACCAGUCAGAGCUGCUCUCAGAACUCUCAAACCGAGAGAGAGCAAACUUAUGGAGAGGGAGGCUCCGUUUCAGCGAAAGGUUCUAAUGCACAACAUAAAGAGGAUCACUGCACUAGUCAACGACCUGUCGUCAUCAAUGGCGAUUAUCAGACACAUCUACAACUGGGAGAACAAGUUACACUCGACACUAGCUCUACUGGUGUUUAUUGGAGUGUGUGUGAUACUGGAGCUGUGGAUGGUGCCCCUGUUGCUGGUGGGAGGUCUGGCGGUGCAGUAUGUACUGGUGUACGGGAGAGGGCACCACCGGUGGCAGAGACUGGCCAAGAGACAGAGCAUCACCGCCAGCUCAGAGUCUCUGGACAGACCUCCACUUGAGGUGGUGGGGGGGGAGUGGUCAGAUCUCGAUGAUGAUCUGGAGGAGGAAGGGAAGGGAGGGAAGGGAGGACGCAAUCUGAGAGGAAAGUUCCGACAGAUCCAGGGCAUUUUGCUGAUUGUGCAGAAUGUUCUCGGGGAGAUUGCCGACAAUGGAGAGAGACUCAGCAAUCUGUUUGCGUGGAAGGUCCCGUUCUUGUGUUGGCUGUGCAUCUCCCUCCUGUCUCUGGUGACAGUAUUGACUUACCUCAUUCCUCUGAGAUACAUCAUCCUUAUCUGGGGAGUCAACAAGCUGACCAAGAAGCUGCGAAGACCGAACUACAUCCCCCACAAUGAACUGAUGGACCUGGUGUCUUGCUCCCCCACGGACCACGACCUCCUUCAGUUCAGAGAACUCCCACUGCGUCGCCUGUCUGCUGCUGUCACCAGCAGGGGGCGGAGCCACGGAGGAAAGCCACACCCACGAUCUCGGUCUCCACAGCUACGUCCUCGUUCACAGUCGAAUGCACACCCGAAGAAAGCCCAGGUCCAGCAAGCUAACUAG